CAGUCCUCUGGCAGCUGCGGCGCUUCCGAGGAAGAGCGCGGCGCCCGAGCGGGGAGCGGGUGGACUCGAGCCGACGCGGGGCACGCUGAGCUGGGCCGCCGCGAGGAGCGCUUGCAGAGCCUUCCCUCCGGCGGGGCCGCUGAGCUCGUGGCCAAGCCGGUGGGCCGAGGCCUGAGGAGGGGCCGCCGCUUCGCACCGUCUGGGUGCCGGAAGAAGGCCCUGUGGGGGAGCCGGAGAGGGAUCGCCGCCCGCGCCGCUGGGAGGAGGGAGGACUGGGCGAGGCCACCUUGGCACAAAUGGGCUGAAGCGGCGGUGGCGGGCUGCCGGCCAGGACCAGCCUGAAGGGGCCUCCGGGAAGUCCCCGAGGAGGAGCAGCCCCGCCGGCGGGGGAGGGCUUCUGCCCGAAGGUGGAGAGGGCGUGCCAUCAACCGAGAUGGCGGCAGAGGCUUCAGCCCCGUAGGGAAACCUCGGCCGCCAUCUUGAUUGAUGGCAAACCGCAAAAUACAGCAGAGAAAAAGAGAUGCAUCGUGAUUCGUGUCCACUGGACUGCAAGGUUUAUGUAGGUAACCUUGGGAACAAUGGCAACAAAACUGAAUUGGAACGAGCAUUUGGAUACUAUGGACCACUACGUAGUGUGUGGGUUGCUAGGAAUCCCCCUGGUUUUGCUUUCGUUGAAUUUGAAGACCCACGUGAUGCUGCUGAUGCAGUCAGAGAACUAGAUGGGAGAACACUAUGUGGGUGUCGUGUCAGGGUGGAACUAUCCAGUGGUGAAAAACGUAGCCGGAACCGUGGUCCACCUCCCUCAUGGGGUAGACGUCCUCGAGAUGACUAUCGCAGGAGAAGUCCUCCGCCUCGUCGCAGAUCUCCUAGAAGGAGAAGCAUGUCCCGUAGCCGCAGCAGGUCCCUUUCUAGAGAGAGAAGACGAGAGAGAUCACUGUCAAGGGAGAGAAAUCAUAAGCCUUCCCGUUCAUUUUCCAGAUCUCGUAGCCGCUCCAGGUCAAAUGACAGGAAAUAGAACUUCAGGAAGAGUAAUGUACAGGAAGAUGUCUACAAAAUGAACAAGAAAUUUGCUCAAAUCAUACACUUUAUUUUGCAUUUGUUACAUACAAGUCAAGUCAUUUGUCUUUUAUCCAAAAAGGGCACAAAAUGGACAUGAACCACCACAGAAUUUGAUCAUUUAUAAUAAAAAGGAUGUACAAAAACA